AAGAUGAGAAUAAUCUGAGUCAGACAGACAGCAAAUAAAACAAUUAACACGUACGGAUCCAUGUACUACGAAUUUUGAGAGAGAGAGAGAGAUGAAACAACAAACCCAAGAAAAAUUCACACAACAUUGGAGAAGACCAGAUCCCAUUAUCUUUUCCAUUCUCUCCAAGAAUUCCUCCGAGUAUAGGAAUUAGGAUUCUCUGAUUUCUGGGCUUUAUAAAAGCAUCGUGUAAAAAGAAUUCUUUUUCUUUUUCAAUUCUCAAGAAUUGUGGAUAUGCAUGUCUAUGCAUAGUAGAAUUGCAUGAAGCGAGCAAUCUUUUUUCAAUCUGUAUAAAUAGGAUUUUGGGUAUUGAUACGACAAUCAAUCAGGUUUGUCUUUUGACAUUUUACUUUCAUUUUUUUUUUAAUUUCAAUUCAAGCUGAAAAUUACGAUUUUGAUCAUGGAUUGAUGAUUUUUUCUAUCUGUUUAUCUUUGACUUUUGUGAAUUUAGUUCGUCGUUUAUGGGCUGGUUAAUCUAAUCAAUGUUUUAGAUUGAAAAAUAAAUGCGAUAUUAAAGGGACGUUCAGAUUUUUUUCUUAAUUUUAAUUUUGGUAUUUGGUGACCCUAAAUUGUAUUCCAACUUGAUUAUAUAUGAAAAAGGUUGAUUAUUCAAUGAAUGGCAUUAUUGUAUUCAAUGAAUGGCAUUAUUGUAAAGUUGCUUUGAACUUUUGGGUUAAAGUGAGUAUAUCCCGACUCCGAUACCCUUUUUUGACAGCUUCCUGCUGGGAAUUUAGUGAAACUCAAGAUAUUUUGAGCUUUGAUUCUCUUCUGUAUACUAUUGGGUGAAUUUUGAGUCACCGCAAUCUUUAGAGAAGUCCUGGAUUGAAAAUGAGAACUGUUAUUCAGUCUGUAAGACAAUUUAGAUCAGCUUUUCGGUAUAGAUGGAACUAUACCUAUGAUGGAAUCCAGAAAAGACGAGAUUAUUGGUGCAAUACAAAUUUCCGGUCAGUAUACAGCCUAUCAAGAAAAGUAGAUGUUUGUGAAUGUAGGCAUCCAUCACAGAUGAUCUCCCGGGUCAUGUUUACCGAUGCAGCUAAUGUUACUCAUGGAGAACUAAAUCAAUCUGGACCUCUUGUGGAAUAUGAACGUAGGAUUAGUGCUGGUGAACUUUUGGAUGGUGAUACUAGCCAGUUAGGCUCCUUAACAGAGCUUCAAAGACUCUACGAUGAGCUCGUUGAAAAGGCUGAUGCUUGCAGGUUGGAUCGAUAUGCUACUUCGGAAAAAGCUGGGAGGAGUAGAUGGUUGUGGUCCCGUUUCAUACCACAAACUUCAUAUGCACCGGUGAAAGGACUUUAUCUUUAUGGUGGAGUGGGCACAGGCAAGACUAUGCUGAUGGACCUGUUUUUUGAACAAUUGCCUUGCAACUGGAGGAAAAAGAGGAUCCAUUUUCAUGACUUUAUGCUGGAUGUCCACCGCCGUUUGCAAAAGCACAAGGGUGUGUCAGAUCCUCUAGAAGUUGUCGCUGGAGAGAUAUCAGAUGAAUCUCUCUUGUUAUGUCUUGAUGAAUUUAUGGUGACUGACGUUGCUGAUGCCUUGAUCCUAAAUCGUCUAUUUGGACAUUUAUUCAGCGAUGGAGCUAUUCUUGUUUCUACUUCAAAUCGAGCUCCAGAUAAACUUUAUGAAGGGGGGCUCCAGAGAGAUCUUUUUCUACCAUUCAUUGCAACUCUGAAGGAAAGAUGUGUUGUUCAUGAAAUUGGUUCGGCCGUGGACUAUCGGAAGAUGACUUCGGCACAGAGUGGUUUCUACUUUGUUGGUGAUGACUUGUCCAGCCUUCUUAAGGAAAAAUUUCAAGAAUUAGUUGGGGAACACAGAGCUGUUCAAGAAGAGGUGGAAGUCAUCAUGGGAAGGAAAUUGCUGGUUCCGCUGGGUGCCAAUGGAUGUGCAUAUUUCCCUUUCGAAGAACUAUGUGACAGGCCUCUUGGAGCAGCAGACUAUUUUGGUCUCUUCAAAACAUUACACCUGAUGUCAGAUGUUCUAGUUCUCUUUUUUCCAUAUUGUGCUACAAAACGUAUGCUUUUGCAGGUGAUGUAUGAAAAUAAAGCUAGAUUGUUAUGCAGUGCUAAGGGGACUCCUGUUGAACUUUUUGAACGAAUUGUGACAGUGUCAGAUGCUCAACAAAUGGCACCCCGAACCUCUUCAAGAUCUAGGAAAUCCGAUGAUUCAGACAUUUGUGUAGACAAUGAAUUAGGUUUUGCAAAAGAUCGUACCAUUAGUAGGUUGACAGAGAUGAAUAGCAGAGAGUAUUUGGAGCAACACGCUGCAAUGUUGGCGGAGAAGCCGGUCCUGCAGGAACAUGAUAACGAGAAUGCCCUACCAGCAUAGCCCUGAAUGAGUGAAGAAUUGUUCUGUAAAAUUGUGCAUUACAGACGUGGUGCGAGGUCUAGGAAUCUGGUUUUGUUUUUUACAGAAACCCCAUAAAUGGAGAGGAUUGAAGCUGAUCAUCUUCUAGUUGGAUAAAGAUGAUACAUUUUGUAAUGUCUCUAAUCUAAUACAGUUGCAACAGUAUUUAUCUGUUAAGGAGAUAAGUACUCUUUAUAAUUCAA